CGAUGAUCAUCAUCCAUUGCAGCAUAAGACACGCGAGAUGACCUUGACGCGGUGGACGGCGGCGUCCCUGGUGGCGUCGGGUGCGCUGUGUGCGACGCUUGGCGCUUGGUUUGGUCGCUAUCUAUUGACACGAGGAGGACGACAGGGCCAUUUACACAAUGACGAUCCUCUGGUAAAGGAAUUGGAGCAGGAAAUUGAGCGACAGAAGCAGCUCCGAGCGCAGGAGCGGACAGGACGGACCAACGCAGAGCGGGAGGCGCGCGAGGCGCUACAGCGGCAGCAAGAAGCAGCAGGCUACAACUUCGAGGCCGUGGCACACGUACAGUCAUGCUUCGCGGACCGCCGCGGCACUCCGAGACAAGGAGGUCUCGUGGAGAACUCUCGAGCCCGCAUCACGUUCAAGACAAAUAUACCGCCAGCGAGUCUCGAAUGCCUGGAGCAGUUUAGUCACCUCUGGGUGCUCUUCGUCUUCCACGAGAAUACCAACCUGGCCAAGGGCGCUCCUAAGACGACGUUCCCAGCCAAAAUCGCCCCACCUCGCCUCGGAGGCAAGAAGGUCGGUCUCUUCUCGACGCGCACACCGCACCGCCCCAACUCUAUUGGACUCUCGGUCGUCAGAAUCGAGGCUAUUCGCGACCGAUGCAUUGAAAUCAGUGGCCACGACCUAGUGAACGGCACACCAGUGCUGGAUGUCAAGCCCUACGUGCCGGCAGACUACGUGCCCGGACACGUUGUCCCGGGUUGGGUGGCUGCCGAGACGGACGUAGUGACAAGACCAGUUGAGUUCACGCCGGAAGCUACGGCUUCACUAACGGAACUAGUAGACGCCAAGUUGUCGUCCUUCUACUCCAACGUGGCGGACUUGAAGACGGCUAUCGAGCAGAUGCUCAUUCUAGAUAUUCGCAGCGUCCACCAGGGACGCGGCCAAGCUGCGGAGACCCAGCACUUCCAGUGUCGCUUUGAUACUGUACAGAUCGAGUUCACGACGCUGGAGGAAUGCAUCCGCGUAUUGAGCUGCACACGCUACACGACGCCGCACGAUCGGUCACGCCUACUACUGCGUCAAGCUUUGCUGAACCAACAACAAAGAGAGGAAUAGCACACGCUUCAGAAUACCAAAACCAACAACAAAAGGUUAUGAACUCCCCUCUCUAUUUGAC